CUACAUUUCAUAACACUUAUCAACACAGGAGAGGUUCAAGUAGAAGAAAACAUAAUGCUGCAAGAAUUAACUGCUUAUAUAGCAGAUACCAACAAGACCCAAGCCAGUGUGGUAACAUUUGUGCUGGUACUUGUUGGUGCCAAGAUCAUAUUGGAUUUAACUAGAAAAGACAAGACACCCCCUGGACCAAGAGGGGUUCCUAUUUUAGGAUAUCUGCCAUUCUUCGGUACUCAUCCACACAUCACCUUUCUCAAACUUAGGCAGAAAUAUGGCGACAUCUUCAGUAUCCAAAUGGGCGGCUUUCCAGCAAUUGUAAUCAGUGGCAAGGACUUGAUUAAGGAGGCUUUGGUUAAAAAAGGUGACAAUUUUUCCGGUAGGCCAAAAUUUUACAUGAACUCUAUAGUAGGAGAAGAGACAUUAGUUUUUGGAAAAUUUUCAGAAAGUUUCAUAACCCAUAAGAAGAUAGCCUACAACUGUUUGUAUGUUUUCGCAAAUGCCAGAAAGAAUCCAAUAGAAGACGUGAUUGGCGAGGAAGCAAAGAUUGUUGUUUCAGAAUUUAAUAAGCAAAACGGGAAACCUUUUUCUCCAAGCGAUAGUAUCUAUGCUAGUGUGGGAAGUGUCAUUUUCCAGAUCUGUUUUGGUAGGCAUACAAAUAUUCACGAAGAAGAUGAAACAUUUCAAAUAUUUCUAAAAAAUACCCGGAAGUUUAUACAAUUUGCUGGUUCUGGAAACCCCAUGAACGUUAUUCCAUGGCUGAGAUAUGUGAUGCCAUGGAAAGUGUCAACGGUUGUUGAACUUUUUAACCAGGUUAAGGGAAUCCGAAAACAAAAAGUAGAAGAAAGUUUGAAGACCAAUACACCGUCUAGUCCGAGACACCUGGCGGAUGGCUUGACUGCUGCCGUUAAAGAAGCUGAAGCUGACCCAUCAUCAGUCUUUACAGCUGAAAGGAUUUACUCCACCUUGGAUGAUAUUAUUGGUGCUGGAUUUGACACCAUAUCGUCAACUUUAAAUUGGGCUUUGCUACUGCUAACAGCAAAUCCCACAGUUCAACGAAAGGUUCAUGCCGAAAUUGACGACGUUUUGGGACAACGGCAACCUAAGUUAGAUGACAAAUCCGAAAUGCACUACUGCAUGGCAACAUUAAACGAAGUGUCAAGGUUUGCAAGUAUAGCCCCGAUUUCCUUACCCCAUGCCGCUACUAAGGAUACUGAACUUGAGGGGUACACUAUCCAAAAAGGAACAAUCGUUAUUCCCAACAUGUACUCCAUCAGUCAUGAUGAGAUGUUAUGGGGUGAUCCCCUUAUCUUUCGACCGGAACGAUUCCUUGACGCUGAUGGAAAAUUGGAUAAGAACAUCACAGAUGUAUUCAACCCCUUUUCUAUGGGCAGACGUAAAUGUGUUGGAGAGUUUUUUGCACGCAUGGAGCUGUUUCUUUUUUUCACGGGAAUUCUUCAGAAUUGUAUUCUUACUAAGCCAGACCACAUAAAGGAAUAUUCUUUUGAUAGUGUUUUUGGACUGACCGUCUCCCCAGUUCAGUACGAAAUAUGUGCAUCACUGAGAUAAUUGAGAUAAACGAUACACUGUUGUCCUCUUUACAAAGAUCUCGUCGGAAUUGGUUAUAUUAUGUAGGGUGGUGGUGUAAACUAUUGCUUAAUGCUUUAUAACAGAUAGACCCUUUAAUAAAUAUAUCUACACAA